AUGGAUGUAGAUUUAGAUGAUGGAUUUAUAAAUAAUCAAUAUCUGUAUUUGUUCAACAGCUUAUUUGUUGAUAAUUCACCAAAACCACAUACAUUCAUUAAACAAACUUUGAUCAAUUCACCAACUAUCACUAAUAUAUUAAGUAAUGUCAAGGUCAAAAUAAAUAAAGCAUUUAAAGGACUGUCUAGUGUUUUAUUAAAUGAUGAUGAAUAUCAAGUCUUGAUUCCACCAGAAGAAGAUUCACAAAUGGAUAUUUUUGAUGAUAAUGAUGAUGAUAUAUUUGAUGAUAGGAAUGAAAUAAGUUCUACAACUACAAAACCUCAACUUGAAAAAUCAAUAUUUGAGAAAAUUCAAGUUUUAGUGAAAAAGCUGUCAAUAUCAGUAAACGGAAUUGAGUAUAAUUUGAAGUCAACUGUCAGAUCAUCGUGUUUGAUACGAGCUAGUAUUGCUCAAGAAGAAGAUCAUAUAUUAAUUGCAUUAAAAUCUGGAUUCUUGAUUCUACUACGAAUAUAUAAAGUACCAUAUUAUGUCAAAGAUACCGAUUAUGAUUUUAAAAAUGAAUCACCUGCAAAUUCAAUUUUUAAACCAUUCCUAAUACAAUGGUGGAACUUUCAGCAAGAACUUAAUUUCCCAGAACUACACACAAGUGGAUAUAGUUUAAUAUCAUCGCCGUCUGGUCUAUCCACAGUUUCGUCAUCAGCUUCACGCUCAUUACGACUUUACCCUACCUUACAACAAUCUCAAAAUGGGGCAGUAUUGAAGAAUCAUUUAAGUAUACCUUUAGAUGGCUUUUUGGUUGAUUCAUGUUUUAUUGAACCUAAUUCAACAAUGCAGACUGAUAUGCUAUUAACUUUAGUAUUUACUGAACAUAGAAGACUAUAUAUUAAUUUAUAUUCUUGGUCAUGCUUAGAUGAUUUAUCAAGCGGAUUAACAAAAACAAGUUUUCCAUUAGAAAAUACAUUUCAUAUACCUAUAUUUGUGGUUCCAUUAUCCAUAUCAAGUGCUUUUUUAUUUGUUUCACAGCUGAUGCUAACUAUUGUUAGUAUUCAUGAUAUACUAUCCGCUCAAUAUGAUUUUAAAAGAACUGAUGCUCCUUGGACUUCAUUUCCAACAAGUUAUUACAUUCCUCAAGCAAAAUUUACUGAUUUGGAUGUAUCGGAAAUUGAUGAGAUACUUAUAUCUACAGAUUCUGGAGUAAUAUACUCCGUAUUAAUAACGAAAGAAGGAGUUUCAUCAAUUACCCCAGUUAUUAGAGUUACUGAUUCCUUAUCAUUAUUCACCUUAGAAAAGACCACCAAUGGUCAUGAAUUAAAUUAUUCAAGUACUACAGGAUCUAAUAAAUCAAUUGUAAUACCUAACCGCUUUAGUAAAGAAUAUCUAUGUGAUAUUGAAAAUGAUAGUAAAUUGGGAUUUAGUAAAUUUGAACUAGUGGAAAAUCUUGAGAAUUGGGCUCCAAUACAAGAUAUAAUUGCUGUUGCAUCAUCCGCGAAUAACAAUCUGUUUGAUGAGUUAUGGGCAAUAACGGGAGUUGGUAAUAAGAAAAAAUUGACAAAUUUCAAAACAGGUUAUCGUGGAACCAGACAAAGUGAAAUUUAUGAAGAGUUAAGAAAAGUCAUCAAUUCAUGGAUUUUUUCGUUUAAUGAACGAGUGUUAAUAAUUUGCUCAUUACCAUUGGAAACAAAACUAUUAGAAAUAGAAGAUAAAGAUUAUGAAGAAGAUUUAUUUGCAGUUGAGAAUCCAGUAAUUCAUGAAAAAGAAUCUACAAUUUAUUGUACAAAAUUUGAUAUUGUUGUGGACAAUGAAGUAGAAUCAUUAUUAAUACAAGUUACAAAUCAUAGCAUUACUAUCACCGAUUUAAAUUUUAAAAUUUCUCAGUCUUAUUAUUUCUUCCUUACAUUUGCAACUUAUAUUGAUAAUAAAUUGUAUGUAAUAGGUGAUGAAGAUGGAGAAAUUAGACUCACUAUUUAUCAAAUAUCUUGUGAUGCAUUAGAUGAGGAUACUGUGUUUGAAGAUUAUGCAAAAGUAAAAUACAGUGAAGAAGUAGAUUUUCAGCCAUCAAUGUUAAAGACUUGUCAGAUCAAUAAUGAGAAUGUUCUUAUAAUUGGAACUUUUGAAUACAAAAUUUAUUUUUAUGAGGCUGUGAAUGAUUUCAUAAGAAUUAAAGAGAUUUUGAAUUUGUCUAGUUACAAGACCGAUUUAGAUGAUAAUGACAUAAAGUUGGUCCCGAAAGAUUGUAUAUGUGUUGAUGAUGAAUUAUUUGUAGGUACUUAUGAAGGCUAUUUUAUAAGAAUUCUGUUUAAAUCCGGGAUAGAAUUCAAAUCUUUUUAUAAAGUUGGAUCAGGUGAAGUUCAAAUUUCUAAAUCUGAAGAUAAUGGUUUUAUAUUUAUUCAAUGUCGAGAUUUAUAUAUGAUUGAUUUACAUGGCAGUUCAUAUCCACAAAAAGUACAAUUUAACGACACCUUACUACGAACAGUGAAUUCAUUAGUGGAAUUUCCAAAUUCAGAAUCAUCAAUGUACAAAAAGGUGGGUUUAUUCAAAAGUAAUGGGUUUGUUAUUGCUCAUGUGAAUUCAUAUCCCAAACCAUUCAUUAGACAAGUAAGUAUUGAUGAAGCAUCUCAAAAGUUGCAAUAUUUUCGACCAAUAUCAGCUUUCAUAAUUCUUGGAGAAUCAAAGAAAAUAUGCUGCAUCGAUAAAAUCACCUUGAAACCAUUCAAUAUAACAGAAUUCAAGAACAAAAAUAAAGUUGGUAGUAUAUUCAAUACAAAUGAAUUUCCCAUAAGUUCAUGUAUUUGGAAAAUUCAAAGAAAUGGAAGAACAAGUUAUAAAUUACUAUUAGGUUGUUCAGUAAAAACUCAAGAUAAAGUAGCUGGUUCAAUAAAAGUUUUAGAUUUUAGAAAACCAAAAGAUCAAAAUUCUACAAUAAAUAUCACUGAAUUAACAACUUUUGAUCAUUCAGAACCAGUAACCCAUAUUCAACAAUUAGAUGAUAGAAUUUUCUUUACUAGUCAAUCAACAAUCUGGAUGACUUCAUAUCAUGAACAAGAUAAAAAAUUUGUACCAAUUAAAAAAUAUCUGCAAUUUCCAAGUGAUAUAAUUUCGUUUAGCGCUCACAAAAAUAAGAUUUUAGCAUGUACUCAACUGGAUUCAAAUUAUCAAUAUAUUAUAACUGAUGAUUUAGAUUAUACUAUAAAUAUUAAUGGUGAACCACAAAAGAUGUUAUUUGAAUUUAAUUCAAAACCUAUUUUAACUAUUGAUCAAGUUAAUUAUAAGAAUCAAAUUUUAAUGAGUUCAAAACGAAAUUCAUUAGUACAUAUAGUUGAUGGGAUAGGUGAUCAAGUAAGUAUCGAUUUUAAUGAAUCUUUGAAAGUUCAAUUACCUGGUAUAUCGAAAUUCAUUACUGCAAAAUUAGAUAAUCCGUGGAUGAAAGAUCAGGGAAAAGAUGACGAAGAUACCAUAUUGUGUGUUUCUAAAAGUGGUGAUAUAAUUGCUUUGAGAUCUGUUGAUAAAUCAAGUAAUGAAAUUUCGGAUUUAGUAAAAAACUUGAAUUCAAAUAAUAAGUCAAAUGUUAAUCAAAAUUUAUCAUUGACCGAUCAAUUGAACAGGCUAAAUAAUCCAUUUACAAAUAAACUAAGUGGUACAGGGCUACUUUCAAUAAAUAAACCAAUGUUUGAUGAUUCGAUAAACAGACUCUUGUCUUCAAAUACCAAUGAUGAAAAUGUUCCAGAUUUAUUGGAUUUUGAUUUAGAAGAGAUUUCCAAAAACUUUAUAUCAAAAAUUUCACUACAGUAA